UUUUUGAAUAAAUGUUUGGAGGGGGGCGCGCUCGAAUGAAAAUAAAAAUCUUGAGCGGAAAGAUCGCGACAUCAUUAGGAGGAGGCUAUCGCAGCAGACAUGCCUGGGCAAGCGUCUCUUCUUCUACUGCUUUUUGCAGUUGCUGCUUCUGGGCAAAUAUUGCCAACCCUUUACGAGUAUUACACGGAGGGAGGUAUAAGUUCCGGAUUACAAACGCCGCCAGGACAAUUCAAACUAAAUGGAAAGGACAUCACUUUGUACUCGGGCUCCAUUCACUAUUUCCGAGUUCUCCCCGAGUAUUGGCGCGACAGGUUGCGGCGAAUGAGGGCCGCCGGGCUCAACGCCAUUGAAACUUACGUGCCGUGGAAUCUGCACGAACCUGAAAUUGGCAAGUUUGAUUUUGGCGACGGCGGAAACGAUUUCUCAGCCCUCGUGAACAUAACCCAAUUUUUGCGAAUCGCGCAAGAAGAAGAUCUCUUUGUCAUUUUGCGUCCUGGACCCUACAUUUGCAGCGAGUGGGAUUUCGGAGGCCUGCCAAGUUGGCUGCUGCGUUACCCUGGGAUUCAGGUGCGUACUUCAGAUCCAAUUUUCACUCGGCACGUGAAGCAGUUCUUCGACCAACUGCUCGCUCAAGUUGUCGAUUUCCAAUUUACUCGGGGCGGCCCCAUCAUCGCAGUCCAGAUUGAGAAUGAAUAUGGCUCAUUUGGCGCGGCAAACGUGCAGCAGUCGUAUCUCCAAUUCAUCAGGGACGCGUAUAUUGAAAAUGGAAUCAGCGAAAUGCUCUUUACUUGCGACUCGGCAGUUAGCUCUGGAACUACAGGAGCGUUGCCUGGAUACUUGAUGAUGGCAAAUUUCAAUACAAAUCCUGCCGCUCAGUUCGACAAACUUCUGGAGCUGCAACCUGACAAACCACUCAUGUCGAUGGAAUAUUGGGCGGGAUGGUUCGAUCACUGGUGGUCCAAACACGACACUGGACUCACUCCUGAACAAUUUUCGACGAAUUUGGGAAUAAUCUUCAGUUACAACGCGUCGGUCAAUUUGUACAUGUUCCACGGCGGCAGCACCCACGGUUUUUUGAACGGCGCCAACGCUUUGGGCUCUUACCCAUUUUACGCGGCGGACACGUCUAGCUAUGAUUACGACGCACCAUUGAGCGAAGCGGGCGAUUACACGCUGAAAUACAACUUAACCAGAGACAUGGUCGCUCAGAACAACAAAGUACAAACGCUCCUUCCUGCGCCGCCUGCCAAUAGCAUGAAAACAGCCUACCCUACCCUGCCCAUCACUGAAUACCUAUCCAUCGAACAAAUCAUUCAACAAAUCCCGUCAGAGUUGAUAACACAAAUAGAGACAGUCACAAACAUGGAAGCCUUGGAAAUUAACGGAGGAAGUGGUCAGAGCUACGGUUUGAUUGUUUACCGGAAGCAAAUAGAUUUGCCACCAUCGGCACAAUUGCAGAUAAUGGGACGCAUCAGGGAUGUGGCGAUGGUGGUUGUUGACGGUCAGCAGAAGACACAAAGGCCAGAAGGUGGAAUUUCAAACGAAUCAUUCGGCUACUGGACUGUCGCAGAUUCCACGUUUACAAUUGAGGGCACUGAUGCGGGAAUCAACACGUUGGACAUCAUUGUUGACAACUGGGCCAGAGUCAACUUUGGUUCGCCGAAAGACUUUGAGCAGAAAAAGGGUCUGUUUGAAGGAACUGUGUUGGUUGAGGGUCAACCCCUGUCCAAUUUGACUGCCAUUCCUCUCGAGUUUAAGUCCAAGUGGAUCAAAAGUUUGACAGGUUGGCAGCCAAUUCAGGGCCAGUUGCAGGGACCCGUCCUUGUCAGGGCCCAGUUCCAAAUCCAGGGCACGCCGACGGACACCUUCCUGGACAUGAGUGGCUGGAGCAAGGGCAGCAUUUUUGUGAAUGGCUUCAACUUGGGCCGAUACUUCCACCUGGGACCACAAGUAACCAGUUACAUUCCGGCGCCGCUGCUCAAAGAGGGCGAUAACGAGAUUGUGGUGUUUGAGCAUUACAUUCCAGCUACUCAACUCGUUUUUACAAACGUUCCGAUUUUGGGCGGCAAGCGGAAAGGAGGCGCCUAAUAAUCAAAACGCUGAAGACUGCGAUGUUAUAUUAUAAUUUGUAUUUUAAAAUAUGUUAUUUAAUUUUAUAAUGGUUUCAAUUUGCUAUCUUUGUUGCUACUCGGAAUAUUAAAUUAAAUUAAAAAUG